ACAACUCCCUCCUCCCCUCCGUCGUCCUUCUUCACCCGCCUUACCCACUUUACGCCCCGCCAUGCCUUUCACUCCCGGUGACGCCUCCAAGGGUGCUUCCCUCUUCAAGACCCGCUGCGCGCAGUGCCACACUGUCGGCGCGGGCGAGCCCCACAAGGUCGGCCCCAACCUUCACGGUGUCUUCGGUCGUAAGACCGGUCAGGCCGACGGCUACUCCUACACCGCUGCCAACGUGAGCAAGGGCAUCACCUGGGAUGAGAACACUAUGUUCGAGUACCUCGAGAACCCGAAGAAGUACAUUCCGGGAACCAAGAUGGCGUUCGCCGGCUUGAAGAAGGACAAGGACCGGGACAACCUCAUCACCUGGCUCAAGGAGAACUGCUAAGUUCUCUCUUGACCCUCCUCCGGUGGUUCGCCCCACCACACACUACUAUACUCGCUCGUGCAUGGUCGUUGUAAUUCCAGGAUAUUUUAUCGGUCAAUAUGAUACAUAGACGACCUGCUGGCAUUUUGCAUGG